UACCAUGGCAACCCUGCUGCGGAGGCUGUGAGAGACUCUUGGCCUGGUCUACGGGAAAUCAAACUUUGGGCACAAGUCAUGAAGCCGGCACGUUGGGGAGACACCGUGUCACAAUUACAAGGGCAUGAAGGGUGGGGCCUGAAACCUUAUCCAAUCAGGAGCCGUGGACUAGAAACUGUCCAAUCAGGCAUGCAGCUGGAAAGAACGGGCUACUUCCGUAUCUGCAGAUUUAUGGCUAAAAGACCGGGACCCCCUGGAAGCCGAGAAAUGGGACUGUUGACAUUCAGAGACAUAGCUAUAGAAUUCUCUCUAGAGGAAUGGCAAUGCCUGGAUUGUGCUCAGCGGAAUUUAUAUAGAGAUGUGAUGUUAGAGAACUACAGAAACCUGGUCUCCCUGGGUAUUGCUGUCUCUAAGCCAGACUUGAUCACCUGUCUGGAGCAACAUAAAGAGUUCCAGAAUAUAAAGAGAAAUGAGAUGGUAGUCAAACACCCAGUUACGUGUUCCCAUUUCACCCAAGACUUUCAGCCAGAGCAGGGCAUAAAAGAUUCACUCCAAAAAGUAAUACCAAGAACAUAUGGAAAAUGCGGACAUGAGAAUUUACAAUUUAAAAAAUGCUGUAAAAUUGUGGGUGAAUGUGAGGUGCACAAAGGAGGUUAUAAUGAAGUUAACCAAUGUUCGUCAACUACCCAAAACAAAAUAUUUCAGACUCAUAAAUAUGUCAAAGUCUUUGGUAAAUUUUCAAAUUCCAAUAGACAUAAAACAAGAUAUACUGGAAAGAAACAUUUCAAAUGUAAAAAAUGUGGCAAAUCAUUUUGCAUGCUUUCACACCUAAAUCAACAGCAGGUAAUUCAUACUAGGGAGAAGUCCUACAAAUAUGAAGAAUGUGGCAAAUCCUUUAACUGCUCCUCAAACCAUACUACACAUAAAAUAAUUCAUACUGGAGAGAAACCAUAUAGAUGUGAGGAAUGUGGCAAAGCCUUUAGCUGGUCCGCAAACCUUACUAGACAUAAGAGAACUCAUACUGGAGAGAAACCCUACACAUGUGAAGAAUGUGGCCAAGCCUUUAGGUGCUCCUCAACACUUACUAACCACAAGAGGAUUCAUACUGGAGAGAGACCCUACAAAUGUGAAGAAUGUGGCAAAGCCUUUAGCAUAUCCUCAACCCUCACUGACCACAAGAGAAUUCAUACUGGAGAGAAACCCUGCAGAUGUGAGGAAUGUGGCAAAGCCUUUAGCUGUUCCUCAAACCUUACUAGACAUAAGAGAAUUCAUACUAGAGAGAAACCCUAUGCAUGUGAAGAAUGUGGCCAAGCCUUUAGCUUAUCCUCGAACCUGACUAGACAUAAGAGAAUUCAUACUGGAGAGAAACCCUACACAUGUGAAGAAUGUGGCCAAGACUUCAGGCGCUCCUCAGCACUUACUAUCCACAAGAGAAUUCAUACUGGAGAGAGACCCUACAAAUGUGAAGAAUGUGGCAAAGCCUUUAGCUUAUCCUCAACCCUCACUGACCACAAGAGAAUUCAUACUGGAGAGAAACCCUACAAAUGUGAAGAAUGUGACCAAGCUUUUAAGUGGCAUUCAAGCCUUACUAAACAUAAGGUAAUUCAUACUGGAGAGAAAUCCUACAAAUGUGAAUAAUGUGGCAAAGUCCACUCUCAGGCCUUAUAAUACAUAAAAUAAUUUAUACUGGAAAAAAACACUACAAGUGUAGAGAAUGUAGCCAGGCCUUUAACCAGUUCCAAACCUUAAUUGAACGUAAGAGAAUUCAUAUUAGACAAAAAUUUUAUAAACGUAAAAAAAAAGUAACAAAGCCUCUAACCAACCCUCAAACCUUAAUGAACCUAAGAGAAUUUAUUUAAAAAAAAAAUUUUUGAGAUGGAGUCUCCCUGUGUCACCCAGG